AAAUUUGUAUCGUUUCCGACGGGUUCCCCGUGAAUUUCCUACUGCAAGUUUUCACCAUUUUCCUCGUUUUUUCAUUUACACGUGUCAAGAAUUUUUAAACGCCUAUUUUAUAGUUGACGCUCAAAUUCUGUACUUCAUACAAUUAAUUUGUGAUUAUUACGUGGUUUUAUUAACAUACCAAAGUACAAAAUCAAGAAAGUGUAAAAUAAUAACAAGUUGAAAAUCGAGUGUGUCGUUAGUGAGAGUAUUUAUGUGAUAGGAAAUAAAAGAAGGAUAAAUCGCUUAUACAUAUAUAAUAUUAAUAAUUUGAUAUAACAUCGCUAUCAAUCGAUUGUAUAUCAUCAAUGAUAAUGAUAAGUAUUCAGAUAAAUCGCUAUCAAUGAUAAGUAUUCAGAUAAAUCGUUGUGGUACAAAUAUAAUUAUCGCAUUCGGAGAAAUUCAACCGCGAAUACGUGCGCAGGAUUAAAAAUUGUUUUCAGUGGGAAAGCGGCAGCCGAUUUUCGUGAGUUUCCGCUCGGUAUAAAAAGAUAUUACUGUGGCAUCCAAUGGGAAACGUGCAAUGAAACGUGCAUACAUCGUACAAUGGACACAUUAAUAAUAAUGAAGCACCGGUGAGAAACUCGGUGCAUGGAAAGCGUGCGACAUUAAAGCAGCGAAGUCGAACGAACUCACUUUAGUUAGAGUAUACCCACGUCUUAAAAAUAUCUUUAAUUUUCCCUUUCGUACAAUACGUGGGAACUAACGCUUAUGCGUUGCAUAAAUCGUCUCUGGAUUUAAUCCUACCUAUGCAGAUGGCGCAUUCCGUCUGAUCUAGCACGAUCCUAUUCUACUUUCCACAGAGACUCGUCUGUUCAGCGAUGAUGCAACUACACGACGUUACAUGCCACUUAAAGUCAUCGUGCGUUCUUCUAAUAAUAAUGUGUUUCCUGCCCUCUUGGUAUUCAUUAAACAACCAAUGCGACAAUUAAGGAUGCAGCGUGUGAAUGAACUCUGACACGAUCGUAUCGAUGAUGGCAUUUUAAUUGUUCCAACGAUUGCGUCGCGUGCCUCGCUCUCUCUUCUGGCUUCGUUAAUUCCGAUAGUAACGUGCUUUGAAUAUAUGUCUAUUUAAAUAGAGAAAUUUUUUAUUAGUCAAUCAUAAAUUCUCUGUUGCUUGCUUAUCCUCCAAAUUCUUUUGACGUAUUUCUUCUUGGUACUCAAUCCUGUAUUCCACUUACAUAAAGAAUGAAGUGUUAAUAAAAAAUGCAGUGUACGAAAUUGAGAAGCACGUUAACGCGGCUGUUGCAUCGCGAAGAAUAAUUCUACUUGCAAUUUGGUAAGGUACAAGAUCGUUCGAAAGAGGCAGAGAAGAAAUGUUUAUAACUCUUCUUUCAUAGAAGGCUUAGCGUGUUUCAUGGAUAUUCCUGAGGUCGUACGCAGCGUAUAGAAGGUUUUUUUAAAUCCGGGGACGGGAAAGGUGUUGUAUGCCGGUGGAGGCCGACGGCAAAUUUCUGUUCAGUCGACGUUGUCUCGGUCAAUAGUCAACACGUACCAUAGGAGUCGACAACGCAUCGUCUCACGUUCACUUUUCAAUCGAAUAUCCUUUUAACACAAGUGUUAGUUAAUUCUCUCCUCGAUCUUCGGUUUCCAUCACCAUUAUUUUAUUUAGUAUUUCAUCGUACUUUUGUUUGAUCGAUUUCAUUCGCUACAUAUAUUAUUCACGAUAAUUACCUUUGAUAAUCGAACACGCUAAAUUUUCCAUACAACCAUCAGCUAUCAGAAUUUAUAAUUCGAAGGUCUUUACUUCGUGUUUGAAAUUAAAAAAAUAAUUUAUGAAAGUACGAGGCAAUCCUAUGAUACUUAAACUGUAGCCUUCGUCUUGGACACGGUGUCGUCUCAAGGUUACCAAGGGAAAGGUUCUCAAAGAUCCUUGAGUUCGGUCGUUUAAAAAAAGGAGAAAACGAAGAUUCUUUUGACCGUGAUAGUUCAAAGCACCCGCGAUAAACAAAGAGAGCGAGCAAAGUUCCCCCACCCUUCUACCCAUCGAGGGAACUUCGGCAAGGAUCAUAUCGGCAAGCAAAAGGCUUCACAGUGUUCCUUUCGAAUUUCAGAUCAAACGUAAAGUGCGCGCGUGUGGUUCGUGUGUGUAUGCAUGUGCCAUCUUCCGCGUGAAACACUAAACGGGUGAGAAGAGGACUCGGGCCACACAAGCAAAACAUGGGUACGUCGUCGCUGAGAUUCAUUUCCAGACUGAUCUUGUUCGCCUACAUCGCGUCGCAUUUCGGUCACGCACACAAACAACCAAAUUACUACGGCAAAGUGAUCGGAACUUUAAGCAACUACGCACAUGGUAUCAAGGGAGACGUGUACGCCGUGGACGAUACGACGAUAUUCAUAAAGGGAUUUUGUUACGAUGGAUCCGGUCCAGCCGCAUAUUUCUGGGUGGGAAACAGUUCUUCGCCUAAUCCUAAUGGUUACGCCGUCCCGUAUCCGGAAAUGAAGGAGACUGGAGGAAGAAGACAGCCGGAGGCGCUCAGAGCGUACAACUAUACGGACAUCUUUCUGAAGCUGCCUGACGGGAAACGGAUACGAGACAUCAAAUAUCUAAGCGUUUGGUGCAGUCGAUUUACCGUGAAUUUCGGUGAUGUUUAUAUUCCGGAAAACCUGAAAGUACCCAAAACAAGAACGCUGCCGGAGUUCUCGAGGCUGGCCCACGGUCUCCGCAGCGGGAACAUUACCAUCCUGGACGAGAAAACGAUCUACAUUCCGAAUUUACACUACGAUGGCGCCGGCCCGGAUGCUUAUUUCUGGGUUGGUAACGGCUCGGAACCGGACCCGUUCGGUAUUAAAGUGCCAAACGAGAAGAAAACAUUAUCGCCGUUAAGGGGCUAUCAGGGAGAAGACAUCGAGAUCAUUUUACCGGGGAACUUAACCGUAUAUGAUAUCGACUGGUUAUCGGUUUGGUGUGUCCUACAUAAACACAACUUCGGGCACGUUAUGAUUCCCAAGGACCUCGACGUUCCCCCCGCGCUUGGCCAGACCCAAAUCACGCCGCCUUGGUGGUACGAACCUACCAGCAGUACACCGUCACCACCUUUGUCCAAACACGAGCUAACCAAUUGCAAGGAGAUGUUGGGGGGCCGUGUACAGGUCCAAUGGGAAAUGAUAGGCGAGGACAUCCAGAUUAGGGUGUCCGGACGCAUCAACGAGGACCAGUACGUCGCGUUCGGUUUGUCCGGACGCGAGGGGAAGGCUGAGAUGAUCGGCAGCGAUGUGGUCGUGGUUGCUUACAACAGCAGAACCGGCAAAUUCAUCGCCGAGGACUACUACCUGUCAGACUACGCGCAAUGCGACGGUAGAAAGGGUGUGUGUCCCGAUAUGCGAGUCGGUGGAAAAAACGACGUCACCCUCGUGCAUGGCGAACGAAAGAACGGCGUAACGACAGUUACGUACAUGAGACCGUUGCAAACGAACGAACCGGAGAAGGAUAGGAUAAUCCCGGAGUCAGAGACGAGCGUGAUCGCGGCGAUCGGACCGUUAAAUUUAAGAGGCGAGGCGAACGCUCAUCACAGCUUCGACAAGACGACAGAGGACAUUCGCAUCGAUUUUACGUCGAGAAACGUGCACGAAUGCACGAAUUCUCUCUAUGACCUACCGGACACAUCUGACAUCAAACCGUGGCCGGUGGCCGUGAUCACGAACGAAACCACGUUCAGUGCGAGAAUCGGUCCUGCUGGGGGAAAGAGAGGAUAUUCGAGUAUUACAGGACAACCUGCAUGGGGAAUUGCGUGGUACAUCAACGAUCUGCUGAUUCCGGAAAUCACGGUGGAAAGAGGACAGACGUAUACGUUCAUUGUGGAGGGCGGUAACGAUCCAGCUAAUCCGGCCAGGUAUCAUCCGUUUUACAUCACCGACAGCCUAGAAGGUGGAUUCGGUCAGAAAAAAGAGGAAGAGCAAAUGGCUCAAAGAGUAUAUGCUGGAGUAAAAUACAACGCCGAGGGCUAUCCUUAUCCAACGGCAGCUGGCCGUUACUGUGAGUGGGUACACAAGACGGUGGAUAUGAGCGCGGACAUGGAAACGUUCGAAAACUACUUCGAGACCCUCAGACUGGAGUGCGACAAAGGAGAGCCAGCAAAACUCGUCUGGACCGUGGCCGAAGACACCCCGGAUUUGGUCUAUUAUCAGUGUUACGUGCACAAUCAUUUGGGCUGGAAGAUAAACGUUGUCAACAGCGCACAAGCGGCAUUGCCGUUGCUGUCAAUGGUCACAGCGAUGUUCGUCAUCGGUAUGAUAACGUUCAUAAGAUGAAUUAAUCCUUUUCAAUAUCGUCUACCCAAAACAUACGCGAGAUGUAAUUGUAAUGAAUCCAGCGACAGUGUGAUCGGAUCGAAAGUAAGGGAUGAAAGUGGGCAAGGAAAAUUAUAAAUUUCCGUAAAAGAAAAAAACUAACAACGGUGAUAAAAUAAUUAAAAAAAAAAAAACAAAAAUAAAAUUCGAUUAUUAUCAAUAAUCGGCUGAACACGAUACAAGGUUGUAAGAAAGUACUUAGCUCAUAAAAUUUACUCGUAAAACGUAAAAGAUUAGCGAAGAUAUUUUUAAGAUCUAUCAGAUUCAAUAUUUCAUAUUAUACGAUAUAUAUGUAUGUGUAUAUUUAUAUAUAUACAGAUACAUAUAAAUGUAUAUAUAUUAUAUACAUCCAUACACAAACACAUUGAAACACGGCACACGAAAUGAACCGAGACGAUCGGGGUGAUUUUUAACGUCUAAGAAUUUAAGAGACUACUUAUGGGAAUGGACAGAUGGGGGGAAGGGGGGUUGGUAUAAUUUCUGACAAUAAAUAAUAAUUACGUGGGGAUGUGGGAUGUAAGAACAUAAAUAAUGCUUUGACAAUAACAUCAAACGAACGUAUUGCUUAUCGUUGAGAAUGGGUGGGAGGAGUUGUUGUAGGGAUAAUUUGGUCAAAUGAAGAUCGAUCGAUCUAUCAAUAAACGAAUGAAACGGGGAAAUUAUCCGUGGCAUAUGUACAAUGUAAAUUUUGCACAAAGCUAUAGUUGAAUAUAAUGUAACAUUAAAAGAUCGAGUAGUACUUAAGGUAUACAUUUAUAAAAUGCUGUCGACCUGACAAUAAUACGUAGAGUAGCGGAACGGCGAAGAAAUAAUUGCUGGGAGAAGGAGAAAAUCAGAAAAAUAUAAUGUACAAGGGUAACGGUGUCAGAUACCAUUUAUGUAAUUCAAUAUAAAUGGAUGAUACGGUUACAAACUAUUUCCCUUAUAUGUGUAACAAUGCUAUAACAUGUACAUACUAUAGAGUGGACCUUCCUAAGAACAAAAAACGGAAUGAAAGUGUAAAAUGUGCCUUGGGUACAGAUUAAUUAAAGCUUCUCUAAUUAUUCGAAUUAGGAACCACUCGGACAAGAGAUACCCUGUAGUACUUAGGAGCUGGGUUCUUGCGCGUUGAACGUAUCAUAUGUACGUAAUUCGUGUCCAUUGGAAAGUAAUGGUAUCUUUGGACAUUUUGUCAAAAAGAUAUAUCAUGCGAAACGACGAAAUUCAAUGAGGUGCCCAAUGAAAAAUGAAAUACACAUUAGCGCGAUACGUGCAAGAAAUGAAAAGUCGCGUAUACGACCAAAAUGUCAGAAAAAUACAUAAUCACUUUAGAAUCGUAGAGAUUAACAAGGUAGUAAAAAGAAAUUUCUCUCUAUCUAUCUAUUCUCUCUUUUAAUGGAAAAUGUGAAUGAACUUCACUGAUGUAUCCAGAUUCUAAGUAACGGGGUGUCCUCAAAAUUAACUAUCAGCGAACGAAAUUCUUUGCAACUCCGAUUGCUUUUAUCGCACGAAGACCAGUCUGUAUUUAAUUAUAUGCGCAUACAUUACUUAACAUAAUCUUGAUAUAUAUAUAUACAUAAAUAUAUAUAUAUAUAUAUUAUAUUAACAUACAUACAUUAAAUGAAGUACUUAUAUGCAUAAUGUAAAACGAAAUUCAAAAAAUUUACGUCAUUCAGCCGUCAUCGUUGUCUAACGUAUUCGUUAAUCUAUCGAAACCACUAACCACUUGAUAAUGAAAAUUAACUAAAUAUCGAAAUGGAGUCUGUCCUUUACAAAAUAUUUUAUGCAAAUGAAUAACCAAUCGGAUGUAUUACGAUGCAUAUGUGUAUAGGAAAUUUAAAUGUGCAAUAUGCGCGUAAAUAUGAAACACUUAAAACGUCUUGUAUGAAGAUAUGACUUGUUAAAAAGAUAAACAAAUCUUUAUUCAACGUGACUUCAAUGCAGAAUUUAUUUUGUACAAAAAUCUGUAGUUCACAAACGACGAAUACGUUGAAUGAUGUUGCUCCGGCUUUCACGUGACAAGAAACAGAUGUUUAAGUACUUGCGUGCUGCGUUUGUAAUGUUAAUCAAGCGACAAUAAGAAGGCGAAGAUUCGCUCGGACGUUCACGUCACGCCUGAAUCAAAAACAUGUAUUUCGGGUGACAUUCAAUAGUGAUCCUUAAUUUCUCUAGUUUAAAAACAUGCAUUUUCCUGUCCCCAUCUGGUUUCCACUUUUAUUAUUGCAGAUUGUAUUUUCUAAGCGAGUCCUUCGAGAGAACGGGGCGGAUCGUAGUAUGUAAGCGGAUAUAAAACUCCUACUUCUGUGAACGACAAUAAUAAAUACGUAUAGAGGCUUGCUGGAUCGAAAAUUUAGGGUGCUGCUACGAGGAUUCGAACCUAGUUUUUGUAUAAAAUUAGUCAAGGAAAUGCGAAACGAUUUGACACUUUGUCGAAAAAUGUUGAUCCCGCGAUUUCAAGUUUCCCCUCGAGAGACAAUAAUAACAGAAGGUCGAUCUCGUCCGACAAAGUUACUUGGACAAUAAUCGCGAUCGAAUCGUAAGAGUUCUAUAUUUUGUGGCGGGGGCUGUGAAACGUGUCCAAAAUUACAUUUGGGCAAUAUUCAUGGAUGCGCUUUCGCUGUUCUCGAUUUUGAAAUUCGGACAAUAAACCGCGCUCGAUCUCCUUAGGUACAAAUGUCGACGAUCGGCCGCUUAAAUCGGACAAUAACGUUUAUGAUUGAGACAAUAACAACGAUAUCAGGAGGAUACGCUCUGUCGCGGAUCAACAAUAAUUGUUAGGAAACAAAAAACACGCACGCCGUCGGCCAAGCUUACAACGUAAUCACCACAAAUUGUACGAAAUAGGUGCUCUGAGAAAAACGGACAAUUAUGUUAUUUUAAGAAACAUUUCAUUGAAAAAUCUAUAAGAAUAAAGGCUCUCCUAUUAGUUUACGCGAUACCAAUCUGAAGUUCGUUAAGAAAUUGUAAAUAAGAACAAGAAGUGGUUCCAAAUCUUUGGCCGGUUGUGUGUUUAUAUGGAUCAAUUAAUUGAGAUGUAAGUGUACAUACGAAGAUAAAAGUAUUAAAAAACGGCGCAUUGCUAAUUGCUACGCCGAUGUUAUGCUGUUAAUUGUAAACGGGUGUAGAGAAUGAACGAAAGUCUUUUAGAUAAGGAUGUAAAGAUGUACUCUUUUUAGAAAAUUAUCGUCUCCCCUAAUUUUCCUUCCCUCUCUUUUGUACAUGUCAAGUCCAUUCCAUCCUCUCUUUUCUGCUUUCGAUUGUUAUUCUGCCAAAUUUUCAAUUCUUAGAGUAGUAACAUAUAAGUAAAAAUAAUAUCCGUUCGAAUUUUCUCGAAGCAGCCCCGCGAUGUCCUUCAAGUUAUUAGAGUUUAAGGAACAAUUCAUAAUUUUAGACAUUAAGGAAAGACUUUUUCUUUGUACAUUAUAUCAAAAUGUAAUUUGUAAAAGUAACAAAAAGGGAAAAAGAAGAAACGUGCGAGGGGGUAACGAUUGUGUCGUCAUCGAUUAAGAGAGAAAUGUUGGUCUCGCUUCGGUGUACGACGAAGCCCCGAUAGGGGUGAAUAUCGAACAGACAGCGAUUACCUUUAUAGCGUUUACAUUUUGUGUCGCUCAUAUCGUAGUCUACAUAACGUUUUACUCGUCAUUUACGAAAUCUUUUUUCUUUCAUACGCGCCGAUUCUCUCGUAGAAAUCGACGAAGCCAAAACUCGAUCGACUCGAGAAACUCGAGGUGCCUUUAGACCAAACGAGUAAAAACAAAAGCAACAAGAAAAAUUCAUGUUCGUUCAGGUUCAAAUUCGAACAUCUAAAAUCUAAACCAUGGUAGAAACACAUAAGGUGUAUUCUUCCGAUGGUACCAGUUUCGUCAUCUAUUGCGCAUAAUGGAUAUCUAUCAUUUUAAAAAAUAAAAGCGACAGAAAUGCUAAUCUAUUUGUAAUGUAGACAUUUUAAGUUAAAGUUAAUUUUCACUUUCAAUACGAAAUACAAUUGAUGAAUAAGGCAAUGUGGCCAUUACAAAGAAAGCAACGACCUUAAUUAGCUGCGUAAUAGCACACCUUAUGUAUUUCCACCAUAAUCUAAACGCACCUCUUAAGCGAAGAAUGAAAAUCAAGAUUAAAUCUAUUAAAGAAUGUGGUCCUAUCUUGUUGGCGCUCAAUUCGGAUAUAGUUUAAAUAAUUGUAAGAAUACUUCUCCUUGCACAAUCCUUUCGGUUGUAACUGUGUUUUCAUUGUGUGAACCCGCUCACAUAUCCCUGCGAACAUAUCCCCAUAUAAUACGUAGAUAAGGUUUAAAACACAGACGAAAGCGUUCUUUAUCAGUGUCUGGUUUGACAAUGGAAAAUGGACUCUCUUUUAAAAUUUAGAUAUUUAACAAAUGUCAGAUGUGGAAAUUGUCGAACGUCCUCGAGAUCGGCGUCCGUGUCUCUGGUUUUCCCCGAAAAGCCGUCUGAGAAACAUUGCGGAACAUCGAGUACAAAUAAAAAAGAAAGUGAAGAUAAUCGUUUUUACGAUUAUCGUGCAAAAAUCAUGGUUCAAGAGAGGAAACAGCGAAAAGUGAUAAAUAAAAAUCAUAAUGGUAACAAUUAAAGAGCAUCAACAUCUAACUAACGAUUUUAAUGAUGUCGAUUAAUCGAACGGAUGUGUAAUAUUGUCAAUAUGUAUGUAACGACGAAGAUCUUGUUUUAACGAUACGUGUAUGUUCAUAUAUCGUAGCGGUAACGUGAAGGCUUUUGAAAAUUGGAUAUCUUUCUGAAUCUUAUGCUCAUGGUAGAAUAUAUUUUCACACUUAAGAACACGGCGUAGAGAGUGAGAGAAAAAAAUGAAAUGAGAAACGAUGUAUCGAUGCUUCAGCUCUUUGCACUCUUCCUCUUUCUACGCUAAUUACGAUGAGCCUAUCCCCAUGUAGGUAAUGUCUAUUACAGAUCUAGAAACAGUUUUCAAGCACUCGAUUUAGUCUUCGAAAAACUGAAAUAAUUUCAAAAUUCGAUUGAAACAAACUCAAUAACUCAAAAUAUUUUGAAAUCGUUUUUAAACGAAAAGUUUCUGGAUCUGUGCUGAAGAAUUAAAGGAUGAAACGAAGGGAAUAAAUGCGAAACGAAAAGAACAUUUCUUUAUCGCGAGUGCAAUAAUAUUGUAUGAAAAUGAUACACAGAGCGGUAUGAUGUGAAUUGAUUUGUUGGUAUAGACCGUCCUGAGUUGUGUUUAACAAAUUUUAAGGAUCUAUUUUUGAGCAACGAGUAUCGUUAUGGUGACGUGUGUUGUAAUAGUUAAUCGUCGAGGAAGAUUAAAGUCUUGGGAAACCGGAUUUCAAUUUAAACUCUCAGUAGUAGUAUGCUAUAGCUCGUUAAUGAUCAGACGCGCACGAGUGCGAAAAGUUUUUAUUUUCUCUAUGGGUUUCAAGUCGCAUCGAUUGCGAUCCAUCAGAGUCACCGCGAUCACCAUGAACGGAUUGAAGGAAAAAGAGAAUAAAAAGCAAUUCGUGAGAUGAUUCAUUUUCAAUUAUCUGUAGAUAAGUCGUUCUCGAACACGCAACCAUAUCUCGACAUACAACCAUUUAGUAAUUAGUACGUCCUGUUGUAGAUAAUAACUUAGUUCGUCAACCUUAAACGAAGACAAAUGAAAGAGAAUAAAUUUCGAUAAAACUACGUACAUACAUACUUUAUCCAAGGGAUAUGAGAAGGGAAAAGAAAACGAUAACCAAUCGUAAUUCUCAAAGUUUUUCGGCAAAUUUAUCAAGCUCUCACGUAAACCAAAAAAGAAAAAAUAAAAAAAUAACGUAGCAUUAUCGAGAAUGGUAAAGACAAUUGUCAACCGUUAUUUUCAACGUUUACGUGUUAGAAUAGAUUAAUCCACAAAGUAAGAUCUACUAUUAAUCGUGUACUCGUAUUACUAUAAAGUUGAUUCAAUUUGUCAAGAUCCUCAUCUCAUCGUGUUUUUACGAGACACGUGCGAACAUGAUUUUCAGACAUAUCGAUUUUACACUUUAUCUUUGCGUUAUUAACAAGGAAAAGAAUGAAAGUAUUAAGAUAGUUUUAAUCCUAGAAUAAACACGCCUGAUUAAUAUUUUAAAGCAAUCGAUUCUAUUAAAGUGUAUCAAGUACCGAGAGAUAUAAUCGCACGUGUCUGGAAAUUUCUGGUCAUCGUGAAUGACGAAAGUAAAUCGCUCUGAUUAAAAAAUAAAGAUUGUGAGCCUACUAGCUGCAUACAAGAUGUAUACGAGUUUGAAUUUCGAUGUUUCGAUGCAAUAUACAUAGUACGUUUUAAGCCGUGUAUGUGUAUAAUGUUGCACGCGUCAAAAUUUAUUUUCCACUUUUCUCGUCUAUUUCCGAAUCUUGCUCGUUAUCAGAUCGAUCGAUUGAUUAUACACAAAGAGACUCAUGUACUUCGAACGAAGAGAAACACACAGAUACUCUCUAAUCUAAGGAUAUCAAUGCUCAGAAAACUUGUUUCACCAAGCUACAACUGUUGUCUUUCACCCGUCGUAUUGACAUAAUUAGAUCUCCCUUUAGAAUCACAAUUGCAAGAUUGUUCCCUUGACGAUUAUUGAUUUAACUUAUUGUUGAUGAAUGCAUUGUAGUUUUCUGAAAUGAGUUCGAAGAUCUGCGAAACACGAAACAUAUUGUAUGAAUAUAAUACUUGCAGUACAAGAUUGUUCAAUUUUAUUUGACUAUCAAAAUUAAAUACAGCUAAUAAAUUCGGUAACUGUCCAUAAUAAUUGACGUCACGAAAUUCUGUAAUAACUAAGAACACUGAAACACGAAAUGAACUUAAUUUGGAUGAAUAUCGAGCAAAAUAUCUACAUAUAUUAUGGUCGUCAAUUAUUCCGUGAUAUAUGUACGUAUAUUUUCCUAAUUGUUAAUUCAUUUACGAUUCGUUACAUAUAUAAACAAUCUGCGGAAGCGUAAUAGAUCUACUGAUUAAAGAAUGUCAGCGUCAUGUGAAUUUGCGAUUCAUUUUCAUUACAUAAUAUAUUAGUACUGAUCAAUUUCUUUUAACGAGGAAAAGGAAUCAAAUAUGCGCAUAAAGCAAGCCACGCAGAGAGAAGAAAAUGUUCUCUCCGAAAAAAAGAUA